AUGGCUGAUAACUGGUGGGAUUCAUCAUCAAGAACAAGGCCUUGUUUGGAUUCAGUUUCUGUUACCAGCUCCAUUGACCUCUUCCAAGAUACCCAUGAUCAUACCACCACCGCCGCCGCCACCACCACCGCCACCGCCACCGCCACCACCAGCUUACACAUGAUGGGGUUGGGACUUUCUUCACAGUCACUUCCACAGUCGUUGGAUUGGAACCAAGCUUUGCUUCGGGGAGAUCAAAAAAGCAACCAGAGUGGUUACCGGAAUCUACUUCAAGAUCAAGAUAAUAAUUUGAGCUCGAACACAAACACUUUUCAGCUGGAAAAUAACCAAUGGAGAUCACAAAAGAUGUAUUCGGCUAAUUCACAAGAUUCGGCAUCCGAUUUCAAGCAAAUUAACGUCGUUAGGGGAUUUCAGUUGGAUCAACCGAUGCACGACAGCGAUAACGAAAGCAUAAUCACAUGCCAAGGACUCAAUUCAAGCUUCCAAAGUAUGGAUUUAUAUGGAAGCCCAGCUUCAACUAUAAUGCAAAGUUUAUUCGGUUCAGAUAACAACAAUCAGCAACAAGAUUCGGGUUUCGAUCAAAACCAAGGAAUGAGUUACUCUUUGUAUCAAUCAAGCUAUGGCAGCAUGAACAUGCCUGGCGGUGGGGGCGGUGGUNCGGGGAGUUGUCGUCUUAACUGGUCCAAAUUUCCUCCUCAACCUCAAGAGUUUGCCAUAAAUGCACAUCCGAAAGUACAGCUACCAAUAGCGGACAUCGGGGGCAACCAACUGCACUUCUCUAACAACGCACGGUUUUGGAAUGCAUCUGGUGGGGGCGUAAACGAUAUCCGAUCAGGGUUUUUCCCAUCUUUGCAAAUGCAAUUGCCCUCUUCAAGCUUUGAGGAUAAACCUAAGAUGACAUCCAAAACAGUGAAAGAAAGCAGCAGCGAAUCAUCAUCAAACAAAAGACCCCGAACCGAAACCCAAUCACCUUUAGCGGCUUUUAGUAAGGUGAAAAAGGAGAAGAUGGGGGACAGAAUCACUGCACUCCAACAAUUAGUUUCGCCUUUCGGAAAAACUGAUACGGCAUCUGUGUUGUCUGAAGCUAUUGAAUACAUCAAAUUCUUACAUGAACAAGUUAGUGUUCUAAGUACUCCAUACAUGAAAAAUGGAGCUUCCAUAAUGCAACACCAGCAGACGGUGGAUAAAUCAGUCAUAGGACCAAUUAGGCAAGAUCUAAGAAGUCGUGGGCUAUGUCUGGUGCCCGUUUCAAGUACGUUUCCAGUGACACAUGAAACAACAGUUGAUUUUUGGACGCCUACGUUUGGUGGAACGUUCCGAUAA